AAAUUUUCAUAUCGUGAAAGAAACGAAGAAGAGUUGUACAAACGUGUAGGAUUAAGAAUUAGGAUUCAUUUUCUUGCCCAGAGAAAAUCUGUUGAAAAUUCCUCAAAUAACACUUCUUCAAAAACUGAAAAUGGCAGAAGCAAUGAAACAAACUGUUGCAACAAUGCUGAAAGGAAUAGAAAGAUAUAACCCUGACAACUUACCCACCUUAGAGCGGUAUGUAGAAGUUCAAUCCAGAGAAAAUUCCUAUGAUUUGGAAGCCAAUUUAGCUGUGCUCAAAUUAUACCAAUUCAAUCCACACAGUUUCAAUAUUGACAUCACUUGUCAGAUUCUUUUGAAGGCGCUAACCAACUUACCACACACUGACUUCAUUUUAUGCAAAUGUCUCCUCUACGAAAAACAGUUAUCAAAGGAACCCAUCAACCAAAUCAUCUACUUGGCUGACAUUCUGGAACAGUGUGAUUUUCAAGUUUUCUGGACAAGGAUUCAUAGCCUGCCAGAGCUCACUCAAUCAAUUGCUGGGUUCGUUGAUUCUAUCCGGAAAUUCAUUUGCCAUGUGGUUGGAAUAACAUACCAGACUAUCGAAAGAAAUCAUCUAGCUCAGCUUCUAGGAGAUGUAGAUGAUAUCGUUUUGAAGUUAUGGGUAAAAAAAUAUGGGUGGAAAGAAAUUGACAACAAUUUAAUUUUCAUCGCGAACCAAGAUGAAAACAUCAAAACCAAGAAUAUCAAUGAAAAAAUUGAUUUUGAGAGUGUUGGUGCUAUUAUGGCAUCUUGUCAUUGAAUAAAUUGAUUUUUUUACCAAA